AUGGCUAGAAAGAUGUUUAACAAUGGUGAACUUGAUUUGAAGAUAGGUGAAGAACAAGGGAAGGGUUAUGACUUUGAUUUGUUUAUUAUUGGAGCUGGUAGUGGCGGUGUUCGUGAUGCUAGAUUUUCAUCUAAUUUUGGAGAAAAGGUUCGAAGCUUCAUUCUCAGCUUGGAGAAACAGGCUCUGGCAAGUGCACUUAGCUCUCUCAUAUGUUUCAUCGCCGCGGUUACUUCAAAAUCGCGGCCACUGAACCUUGUCGCAUGCGGUCUCCGUUGUCAGCUCAGAGAGGAAGUAGGUUAUGCCAUUAGAUUCAGAGAUAGAACUUCUUGCAACACACGCAUCAUGUAUCUAAGUGACGACUUUCUUCUUCAAGAAAGUCUAGCUGGUCUAGAACUAAGAGAUUAUUCUAUUAUCAUAUUGGAUGAAGCUCAUGGAUGGAGUUUGAACACAUAA